CUUCGAGCGAACGUCAACAACAAAAAAUUUCCGCUUAAAACUGAAUAAAAAUGGCAGAAGACACUCCGGAUAUGGAGAAAGAACUACUUAUAGAAGAAGAACAACAUCAGAGUGACGAGGACCUGUCUACGAACGAACGAUUUAUGGAAUUGUUAUCCAAAAUGAAUGAUAAUAUUUGUGCACUAGGCGUAUCGCUAAAUAAACGAAAACAUGAGAGCUUUGUCUCUGAUCAACCAAGCACAAACACGGCAGUAUCUGCCAAAAAAGCUAAAAUUCGCUCACUGUCUGAGUCUGUAUCAGACAACGAAUCGGACAGUGAAGCAUUGCUGGGAGACGCGGAGCAGGGACGACAUCACAAUGCCAAUGGCAAUGAUGAGAACAAUUCGAACGAGGACGAACAACAAACCGCCAACAUGGCGGACGUAGACGAUCCCUUGCUGGACGAAAUAGCGCAGUCACUUGACGAAACUGAGCGAACGGGCGACCCCGUCUCAGAUAAACUCGCACUGAUUGCUAACAAACGCUGGAAUCAUAAAUUAAGUGACGACCAGCUAAAAGAAAAGGCCGAAAAAUACCCGCGACCAGCGAACUGCGACAAAGUUGUGAGCCCACGCGUAAACCCUGAAAUAUGGGCUAAAUUAACAAGGGCUGUUCGUGGCGAGGAUCACAAGCUCUUUCGUGUACAAACCCAGCUUGGCACAGUCACUAACCUUGUAGUGCAAGCUACAGAUAUGCUGUUGAAAGCAAAAUCUGACCCAAAAAGUCUAAAAAUUGAUGACCUAGUGCGAAUGAACACAGAUGCUGUUGCUCUGGUUAGUCAUGCUAGCCAUGAGCUAGCCCAAAGAAGGCGCGAAAUCAUUAGACCUCACCUUCACAGGGAUUAUAUUGAGCUAUGCUCACAAGAAGUUCCUGUGACAAGCUUACUGUUUGGAGACGACCUCCAGACAGAAUUGACCCGUAUUCGGGCAACAAACAAAAUUGGAAAUACAACAAAUCCAUCAUCACACGCGCCGAGUCAACACCGGAUUUAUAAGCCAAGUACGAGCAAUUAUGGCAACAAACAGCCUCCUUUUUUAUGGCGAGGAGCCCAGUCGUACAGACGACUGGAGAACAACAACAGGCGUGGUCAGAACCGAGCUCGUUUCGGGCCAAUGAAGAAAUAG